AUGACGGCACGUAAUGCUACUACGACCAAUAUUAUGUCAUCAAAUGAUGUUCCUUUUACUGUGCAUAAUUUACGAGUUAGUACAUCAUCAACUUACAGUUCACAAAAUAAAUUUGUCGGUAAGAAGAGUACACUAGAAAAAUCUGAAACAAGAACAGAUGAUAAUAUCCAAAUUUCUUAUGAGUGUAUAAAAAUUUCAAAAUAUACAGGUGAAUAUUCGAAAGUAAAUUUACAGAAAGAUGAUCUUUAUUAUUCACAAUUAGAAGAUUUCGGACAUGCAACACUCGAAGAAUUUGAUCCUUUAAAAUCUGGCUGCAGAAUUGCCGAAAUUUCAGUCGAUGACAGAACGUUGUUACUAAUUUACCCCAAUAAUGAAAAUAUCUCCCAACGAGAGUUCACUUUCCCCGGAACGGACAUUAUUGAUGACGAAAAUAUUCAUUACAUUUUAUAUGAUGUAAAUGAACUCAACGGACGAUACAACAAUCAAAACGGUGUUGGUGUAAUAACCAAUUGCACUGAUUCAUGCAAGGCAGAGUUUACUUGGUAUAAAGAUGAUGAAAUAUAUGAACGGGGAAUACUAAGAUAUUGGGUACCUAUAAAUGAUGUCAAUAGUGCUUAUAAAUGUAUUAUUAAAUGCAACUCCCUUAAUUUAGAAAUGGAAUCAAGUAUUUUCAAGUUCACCGAUAAUAAUCAAUCUGAAUCGUUGAAGAGCUUACUCGGAAUAUUAAAGGAAAGUAAAAGUUGUUCGAUUCCAUCUAUAAAAAAAGAAUCUUUUCGUAUUUAUCGGGAAAUCUUGGGUGCCGGUGCUCAAGGAAAGGUAAAAAAAGGUUGGUGGAAUGGAUCAGACAUUGCAGUAAAAACAAUCGUUUUGUCAGAGGCCAAUGUGAAAUUGGCUUGCCGAGAAGUAAAAGUGCUGGAGGACAUUAGGCAUCCCAAUAUCAUUCAAUUGAUGGCUUUCUGUGCAGAAAAAGAUAGAAUACACCUUGUCAUGGAAUUAUUCGAAAGCUGUUCUUUAGAUGAAAUUCUUUUCGAUAGAGAAGUUAAAGAAGAAAAUAAGUUAACGUUGAUGAAAAAGCAUAAAAUAUCUCAACAAAUUUGUCAAGGCAUCAAUUAUCUUCAUAGCAAGGAGAAUCUCAUUAUUCAUGGAGAUAUAAAACCCGCCAAUGUUCUUAUUCACUCGAGUGGAAUUGUCAAAAUCUGUGACUUAGGAUUAAGUAAGUUUAAAAAAAUGACUUCUUCUUUAAGAACUACUGUUGGACGAACUAGAUAUGUCAGAGGAACGCCAUUGUAUAUGGCUCCAGAACUAUUAUUACAAAAUAUGGAAGUAACUCCGUAUUCAGAUAUAUGGUCGUUAGCAUGUACACUGGUCGAAUUGUUGAAAAGUCAAUUUGGGGUGAUUUGA